AUCAAAUAAUCUGUACGAACUGGGGUGAAUCAAGCAGCCACAAAUUUUGAGGAUCAUUGGUUGUGUGCCGAAGGCAAAAGGCAAGAAAAGAUGAAGGGCAAGAAUUUCCGGAAAAGAAAUAUAGCAGACGAAGGGGAGGAAGAUCACACGUUUGAAAACAACGAUUUCGAUGACGAGCAAGAAAGGAGAUUGGCGUUAGAGGAGGUCAAAUUCCUUCAGAAACAGAGGGAGAAGAAGUAUGGAAUUCCUGCAAUACCUGCUACAACGACGCAGCCUACGGUGGGUGGUGGCCCCACCAAUGGUGGCGGUGGUUUGGUUCACAAAGCAAGCGAUAAGAAUAACGAAGGAGAUGGGGAAAAGGACGACUUGGUCUUGCAAGAUACCUUCGCCCAGGAAACUGCUGUUAUGGUCGAAGACCCUAAUAUGUUGAGAUAUGUUGAACAAGAAUUGGCGAAGAAAAGGGGGAAGAACAUGGAUGCUGCGAAUCAAGUUGAAAAUGAUAUCAAACAUGCAGAGGAUCAAUUAUACAAAAUUCCAGAGCAUCUGAAAGUGAAGAGGCGAAACUCAAAAGAAACUUCUACUCAGUGGACUACUGGGAUUGCUGAAGUUCAGCUUCCCAUCGAAUAUAAACUGAGGAAUAUUGAGGACACAGAGGCUGCCAAAAAGCUCUUACAGGAGAAGAGGCUCAUGGGUUACAACAAAACUGACUCUGGUGUUCCCUCAAGUUACAGUGCAGAUUAUUUCCAACGUGGCAAGGACUAUGCCGAAAAACUUAGAAGGGAACAUCCUGAGCUGUACAAGGACAGGGGUGCAGAAGAAAAUGGUCUGGAACCAAGAAGCAGUGAUUCUAGUAGAGAUACAGUGGGACGAAGACAAGCAGCAACAGAUGAUUUCAUGCUUGAGCGCUUCCGCAAAAGAGAACGACACCGUGUAAUGCGGAGAUGACAUGCUUUUGAGCACUAGAGUAGACACAUCUUUAACAACGAAUGGGAGAUGUCAUGGGACUAGUUCUGCCUUUUUUUUUUGGAACGGAAUCAUGGGAUUAGUUUGUUACAUUUAUUUUCGAGAUGUGUUGGCUGUACAUCCUUGAACCGGUGGUUAAAUGCCCUCAUUGACAUUGCACAAUUUCUUGAAAUUAUCUUACGUCCAUUGUUCUGCGGUUAUAGGUUGUCUUCUCUUUCCUCUGCAAAGUUGCUUUUAUGGGCUGAUUCAAUGUAGGUGGAGGAUCAUCAUCUAAACACAAUUUGCUGUUUAUUGUUGGAAAUCCUAUCUGUGUUUGAUGGGCACGUAAUCCAAGUAGGAUUAUUGUCCGCCAAUAGACAUGGCUGCG